AUGCCGGCCGCCAACAAAGACAAGAAGACGACACCAUCGGAGGUGCAGGACAUUCAGGACCCGCACAAACUCGUCCAGAAUCUGGUCGACAAGAAGAUCAGGAAUCUCGAGAAGAGAAAGACUCGACUGCAAGAGCUCCGGGAGAUGAAAGACAAGGGCCAGGAGUUGGUUCCCGAACAACAAGAGGCCGUCAAGAAGUUGAGUCAAGUGGUGGAGAUGAUUGAUCUGAUGAAAGACCUCAACAAAUCCAUCGCUGAGGUGUUGACUGAGAAUACGAAACAACAGAAGAAAUUAGCGAAGAAAGAGAUGUUAGACAAACAAAUUGAAAGACAACAGCAGGAGUUGGAAAGGCUUAAGACUAUCAUUAGAUUCCAAGACAUUCUCUCGCAGUUUGAGGGACCGGUCAGACAGGACUUCUCAAAGGGUAUCAACGGAGCGAUUAAAUUAUCUGAAGAACAGUUGACUAAUUUGGAUAAACUGUUUGAAGAGAUCACUGCUGUGUCUGACAGUAAACUCGAGACCAUAGCCGAGAAGUUGAUCGCAUUGUCUGAGGGCAAGUCGAAAGAGGCGUGGAGUGGAGUGACAUUUCAUCAGCUGAAGGAACUCAUGUCGAGUAUCGUCGCCUCGAAGUACUUCGAAAAGAAGACGACACUUCCGACGACCACUACAUCCAAGACGAACGCCAAGAACCUGUCGACCAAAGCGGCCGAAAAUUUGACCACUAAUUCAAAGAUGGGUUCCAAUCAGUUCCACUCGAUUCCGAACAGCGAAUACAACCCCAAUAUAUCUCAACUCCAGAACCAAUUCGCUUCGACUGGUAUUAGUUUUAUGACUCGAGACCCGUUAGUAGAGAAAGACCCGGCAGUGCUGGCCAUCGCCGCCGACCCCAACAGCUAUCCCUAUAAUACGUACCGACUCUCGCAGACCGGCGAUCAGAUUAUGAAUAAUAACCCGAUUGCCGACCCAAACAACCCCUCUGUUCAACAAAAAGCAAACUAUGAGAAGUCUCAGAUACCGACCCAAACCUAUACUAACCAACAGUUCGCUUCUGCCCUCAUUCCUACCACUACAGCGACCCCUCAUGUCUUCCCAACAGUUCCCGUCUCUAUGCCAGCGGUGCCCAUGACUGCACUCAUUCAGACCGAUAUGAUCCCAACCAUGACAUCAGACAUCAACUUUGCGGCCAAUCAGCACCAGUAUAUGAAUGCCAAUCACAACGACAAACAUCUGAACACUAGUCACGACAGACACCAAAACUUUAACCCAACGGACGACACCUUCAAGAACAAUAGAGUCCGCGGAAACCGAUCUGAAAAUCCCAAGAAGAAUGUGAACGGAUCCGGGAAUAGAGGCCGCAAUGCGAACAAAGGUGGCGGAUAUGGGGGCCAAAUGGGAACGUUUGGCACGUUUUCCAACAAAUAUGAGAACCAAGUGAAUGGCUCUAACUAUGGAAGCAAUACAUUCGGAGGUGAGAAGAGCUCGAACAACAACUUCGGCGGAAGUGGAGGUCGCGGCCGACCGCAGCAGUCGAGAGGCAUGGGUCGACCGGAGAGAGGACCUGAUAAUCGGCGAACCAAUAACUAUAACGUCAACUCAAAUCCCAAUUUCGGUGCCACAGCUGCUAAAUAAGUGAUGCUUUACUCGAUUUGAUUGAUUGUCUCAUUCGCAGCGGCGCUAAACCUCUUCAUUACUAAAUUUUUUAGGUUAACGACCGGUAAAGCUAUUAAUGAUUAUAUAUAUUUGCCUCGACUUAAAAUAAUUUAUUAUAAAAUAAAAAAUUCUUUGUAAAAAUGAAACAUAAAUUUUAAUGUAUAGUUAAAUCAAACGAAUCCAUACUUUAAUAUUAAUUUCCAAUUUUAGAGCUUU